UGUACGAUCACUAUUUAAGAGGAGUUGAAGGAGGCAACAUGCACCGAUCUUAUCAGCCUUUGAAGCCUGUCACCAAUAGAUACCUGCAGCAUCGGUGGGAUCAUGAAGAUUACCAGCAUCACCGUAGCAAGGUAUGCACUGCUCUCCCAGUGGUGAACACCAAAGGACCAAAGACACCUACUCACAUCCAGCUGAAUCUGAAGAAACAUCAGCUGCACAAUGAGCGUCUGUCAAUCAUUGACAGAGAUAACCGUCUCCUGGCAUCAAAACUGGCCGACAUUGUCGGCUCCAAAGGUCUUGUGGAUCACCAGAACCAAUACCACCUGAGCAGUCUAAAUGCAGAGAAGCGGAGGACAGAACUGCAGAUGGUUUCCCGCCAAAAUCAAGCAAUUUACCAGCGGUUAACUUCCCGCCAGUCUGAAUAUCGCCGCCAAUUGUGGAUGGAUGACUGGCAGAAGGCUCAGCAGAGGCGGGCAUAUAUCACACGCUACCCUCAAGGACUUGCAGACAAACAGAAAGUACACCGAAAGGUCAAGUUCGCCUCGGAGAGGAAAACUGAGUCGGAGGUCAGCAGCGACAGCAGGAUAUCUGACUUUAACUGAGUGUAUAAAAUGAAAUACUGUAUUUUCUCUGACUGAAAUGUCAACCCCACAGAGUACAUAAUUUAUCUGUGUUUUUAUGCGACUCCCGCACUGCUGUGUGUGUGUGUAA